CAGCAAACGAGUCGCCUUUCGCCAAAUAGCGGCAGUAAUCUAGGCUCUCCCUAUCGCGUCUUGAACGACCACAGCGAUCGGACGCGUGUCGGAAAUUCAACUAACGCGUUGUAUCAACAUCCUUCCGCUGCUCUCAGCCAAUCAGGGCCUUGCAUCCUCACCCAUCUCUACGGCUUUCGCCAGAAUGCCAUCGCGCCCUGUCGAAGACAAUGAGGAAGUAGAGGAGACUUAUGAUGUGGAAUGUAUCUUGGCAGAAAAGUGGCAAAGUGAAUGGGAUAUCGAGCCCUGCGAGAAGGGCAUAAAGUACUUGACCAAGUGGGAAGGCUAUCCACUUUCCGAGUGCACUUGGGAACCAGCAGCAAAUUUCGAUCUCGCCCAGACGGAUCCAAAACUUCCCACAGCUCCAACCGCGCUGCAACUAUGGAACCUGAAGAAAGCGAAAAUGAGUGGGGUUGAAUUCCGGAAGCUAUGCGAUCAAAAUAUAAGCAGAUUCGAGGCAGCACUUCGAACAGCGGGCGAUGAAGUUGUACCGCCCAUCGAAGUUACUCUGGCAGAAAGAGAAGCUAUAGACUCCAGUCAGCUCAACAACUUGUUCGUCGAAAGUCCCAGAAGACAGCCUCCAAAAGCGCGCAAGCCUCCUGUAGUGCAGUCAGACUCAUCUUUGUCUUCUUCUGAAGAAGCAGAGUUGACGGAUGACUCAUUACUGGAUGAGAUCACGACGACCUCAAAGAAGACGAAGGACAAGUCAACUAGUGCAGACGGCGCUGGUACUGAGCGCCGGUCACGUCGAAAGUCAGCUCAGUCGUCCAGUACAGCACUGAAACAUGCUGCAACCGUUCCGAAGCGGAAGUCAGCUACUAAGCCGAGCCCAGCUAAGCCAGCGCAAAACGAAGAGAAAAGAAAGCCUUCGCCACCGGAGGCAAAUCCACGUUCUCGAACCGGACAUGUCGACACGGUCCCCCCGCAACAGAGGGCGAGUAACACCAGUGAGCUUGCAAGCGCCGCUACAGGUUCUGCCACUAUAACACCGUCCAGCGCAAGUUUCGGUACCGCAAAGAGAUCGGUCUCAUUUACUACGCAGCUCAGUCCUAGUAAUACCACAUCCGAUACAGAGAAGAAUCACGCCAUCAAGUUCACGAACCAAGCCAAACCUCCACCCCGUCAGAUCUCUGAAUCGAACAAGACCCUAUUCGGCACACUUCAACGACGAGGGGCGGCGAAUAAAAAGUCUGCCAGGGAGGUUACACCUGAUCCUUCGGCUCUACAGUUUGUCAAUGCCCCACCUGGUACCGCUGUUUCGCUCCCGCGCGCACAACGCGAUGAUCUAUACGGCCGUCGUGAGCCUAGACAAAGGCGACCCACAGAAGGUUCCGUCGAUGACGCGCCUCUGAGGCGACAGUCUACUGACGGGAACGUGCCUUUGGAGGACUGGGAACAUGACAAAAUUCCACUGUGUAAUUACGCUCACCACAACACUGGGUGGAUAAAGCACGCCGAUCCCAGAGUUCGCGAUGUACAGAUUGAUCCUGAGAAGCGUCCGGAGUUCGAUCGUGGAGAAAGUCAGCCUGAAGACAAGCACACCAAGAAGGCGUUGGCACCAAACAAACUUACUUGUUAUUACUGGAACAAGGGCAAAUGUAAGAAGUCCGACCAGGACUGUGCCUUUCAACACUAUGAUACAGGUAUCGUUGCGGACGGGCCAUAUGAUGCCCAUCAGAGGUAUGCCCCACCAGUGGAUAGAUCUGAUGGGUCUGUCGAUAUGGACAUCGAUGAUGUUGUCCAACCGGACGUUGCCGAUGAAGUAACACGUUCCCCUUCUCCCAUGCCAUUCGAACAACCGCAGCAACGUUCAUUCCAGCCGCCGCCACUUCCGCCACCUCCACCCAUGGAAUUUCCUCAUGUCGAAAUCACAUGCACAGAGCUGCAAGCGAGAAUAAGCUCAUUCAGUAAGCUCGACUUCCAAGACAUGUUCGCAACCAACGAUAGUGAAACGACCAUCGAUCCGGUAGAAAAGAGGGCUUUCUUGUUCUUUCACCCUGAGGAUCACUUUGUGGAAUUGGAAGUCAUCGCUCGAUGGCUGUUAAUGCAUCAUGUCCAGGUCAGCAGUGCAAGCUAUACAGGCGGAUGGGCGGAUUUCCAGCAACAGGUCCUGAAAGGAGGCACGGGUAUCAUCAUCGCACAUCCCGACUUUGAGUACUUCACAAGUAUCCCAGGAUUCGGCCAAGUUCUCCGCAGAGGAGUGCGUCUCUGGUCUAUCGGGCUUCAACCAGGUAUCGAAUACGAUUAUGCUUCAGAUGAAACUCCCGUGCUUCGGCAUGAUCGUAUAGAAAUCUUUCCGGUGGGUGGAUUCAUCUACAUCACGGACGAAGUUUUCGAGACGAUGCCAAAACAUGCUCUGUGCAUCAUCAAGCUCUUCAUGGCGAAAAUCAAGAAGCUCAAGGAGCUCGCAGGUCCAUCAGCUCAGUUGCCAGAGAUUAUUGAGAACAGCCUGCUCUGGCGUCUGUGUGUCCGCCCGGAACUGAUGGAGCAUCUAUUUGCCUACUGUGAAGAUCAAGCAACAGAGCUCCAAGCUGAGGAUACUGAUGUACAGAGUUGCGCAAAACUCUACUCUCUACUCACAAAUCCCAACAUCAUCGAGCAAGACAGUCCCGACACCCCCCUCAGCCUAAAAGCCGAUAAACACCCCAUCCUAUCCGAGCGCCGCGCCGUCGCCGAAUGCGAACCCGUCGACUACUUCAACACACUCAAGCGUAGCCAGGAAGCCGCGAAUCUGAACAUGAUACGCUAUUACGCCGGACUGCAGGUCGAUAUGCGACGCGACUACCGCCACUUCUACGUCGUGCAUACCGAGCCAACGGCGUCGUAUGUGAAGGAGUGGAAGCAAGAGAUCCAGAGUAUUGCUGAAGUCAUCACACCUGAGCAGUGCAUCAAGGAGUUUAAGAAGAGUGGGCAGGAUAGCAUGUUCAAUUUCUUUGAGGAUGUGAUGGCGGGGGAUAUGGGCGGGAAUGGAGCAGAUAAGGACGGUGCCGCGACGCGUGCAGGCUAGGGGCCUACGCAUGGUUCUUAACACGUCCAGAUGGAGCGUGCUGAGUGGUGGAAAAGAGCUCAACAAAUUCUUUCACGAAAGUCGUGUCGGGCGGUAUGAAGUCUGGCGUGUCUUACGAGACUAGGUCAAGUCACGUCCCCAUAUCAGACACGAUCUCACGAUAGCAUUUCCGCUUCGUCCUCCUUGUAAUCUGAUACCCUAUGAUAAUAGUAAACCACUUAAUACAUUUGAUAAAAACGAUCUAUGAAC